UAAUACUAACAAGUCAUAAUACUACACAUAAACAUUGAGAAAACACAUUUCCUCGAUUAGAUACAUUAUCCGAGUAUAAAUAAAUUGCUACGUCAUGACCUUCGACAUUGUAAAUGGCGGGCGUAACAACUAACAUUCAACCCGCGUUCAAUUCAAAGCUGGCGAUUCAAAUUGCAAGUAAUGGUGAUUCAAUAAUGGAGAAAGCAUUAACUGGAUUUAACAAACAUUUGAUAAGGUUUGUUAAACCAGAUAACAACAAGAAAAAAUUGGAUUAUUAAAGUAAAACUACUACAGGAUGGUGAAAAUGGAUGAAAUAGAGAUUCAAAAAUGUGGAGUGAAGUUUGAUCCGCCAUCGAUAGUGGUUGUCUACAAUGACAAAGGCUCCACGAAGAAACGAAGACGAACCAUGCCUCUUCGGGAAUUCACGAAAACGUCAAACAUAGAGGUGGCUGCAGAAGAGCUCAAAACCAAUCCGCGCCAUGGGAAGUAUGUAUCCCAGAUUACUAAGCACCAGCUGAUACGGUUAGUGACGAUCAUUCGUGACAAGUUGAACGGCAUGAGUCUAGAGGCAAGUUUAGCGCGCAAUGACGAAUUGGAUAAAAUAGAUCCAGAGGAAAAUCUUAACACUGUGGAUGAGGAAACGUUGAAACGCAAAAAGGCUGUGAUGGACACGACUUUUACGAAACAUCAGGUACGGCCGGACGAUCCAAAGUUCCAGUACGACGUACAGGUGGCAUUUGAUGAGGAGAAUGUGAUGGAAUCUGGUUGGGACUCAGACAAAAGUUCAGACAUGGAAUUCUAAUCUUCAGUUUUAUAUUGUGUAAGCUAUGCAUAACAGUCUUAGUGAUUUACUUAGCGAGUUUUGAAGAAAUGUGAAACCAUUUUAUUGAAAUAUAUUUACUUUUUGUAUAACUUGGUUGAAGUUGUGAAAACAUGUUAUGUACAGAAGAAACAAUAACAAUCUUUUGUAUUUAAUUUUAAAUAAUGUAUAUUUGCAAAUAUGUGGAAAAUAGCAAUAAUUUACGAUUAUAUAAGUUUUAUAUGAACAUGUAAAUAUUUAUGCAAUAUUUUUAUUGCAAAUCACAGAAAUUCAAGAAAUUGAUUUCAGGGUAUUGACUGUGGAAAAAAAACUUGUUUAUGGUCAACAUUCUUAUAAAUGAUUGAAUCUAAAGACAUAUUUUUGCCUUGCUCUGUGAAAAGAGGGUUUAAUGCAUGUGAGUUAAGUUUCGUCCCAGAUCAGCCUGUGCAGUCCACACAGGCUAAUCAGAUACAACACUUUCCGCUUUUAUGAUAUUUUUUGUGUAAAGAAAGUCUCUUCUUAGAAAAAAUCUAGUUUAGGCGGAAAGUGGUGUACCUGAUUAGCCUGUGCAGACUGCACAGGCUAAUCUGGGACAACACUUUAGGCACAUGCAUUAAACCUCUUUUUCACAGAGCGCGGCCUAAUAAUUUACCGGACUCUAUUGAGGAAAUACAGACCCUUAUUUGUUGAUUUUUUAUUGAUUUCUCUCUGUUCAAAUGCUUAUUAACAUGUUUAUUUGUGACUUUCUUACUAACACACAGUCUUAUUUUUAUUUGUCAAAUCGUAUUUGUGUUCAAUAGACCAAAUCUCUUCAUAUUUUAUUUAAAAAUUAUGAUUUUGGUAACCAUUUUGUGUUGUCCAUUAAAACAUUACUUUUUCAAAGGUGCUCUAGAAAGAUAAGCCUAAAAAUCAUUUCUCAUUAGUAUAAGAAAAGAAAAGUCAGUUACCUUUUAGGGGACAGAGUUGUUUUAAGCAACUAUUGAAUACUUUAUCGAGUAUUUAAGUCUUUUUCAUUAGUAAUUUCUCUUUUACACAAAUUCCCUCUUUUGGAAAUUUAUUGUCAUUUAAUUUGUAAAUGACUUGUGUAUAGAAAGUUGCUAGAUUGUAAAUAGUUUCAGAAUACCCAGUAGAUUAUUUGUCUUAAUCAAAUGAAUAGAUCUUUAUUACGCACUGUAUUUAUGAGAAAAGGCAGCACAAUAAAUAAUACUAUGUAUGUGAGAGGUGAAUUUUUAGUAGUUGGAUGCAAUCUAUGUGACAAUAAAUUUAUAAUGGGAGAUUGGGAAAAUUUUACUAUUAAAUUGUUACUCCGUUUAUAGUUUUACCACUGAAACAAAAAUUAAGGUAUGAUUCUCUAACUUUGAUUUUUACUUGUUACCAUGGCAGUCAUAUUGUCCAUAUAAUUGUACACUUUCUGCUAUUGGUCCACAUCAAAGCCACAAAUGGGUCUCAUGCCAUACCCAGCCACAGUAGCUACAGACCUGCCUUCGCAAUAGCACAGUCUAGCCAGGAGCUACUCUAUCCUCUAUAAAAGUCACGCAUUGUUUCGUGGUCUCGUAAGCAGGCAGGGUAACUCCUGACCAGACUGUGUGGGUGCACAGACUGGCCUGGAUCUAAGCUGCCGUAUAUAAAUUAUAUACUAUUUCAUAAGACCCAUUUUCGCAUGACACAGUUGAAAUUAAUCAAACAUGAUUUUGUGUGAUUCAUUUUCACCUAGAAACAUAAACAAUGAGUUUUCAGUUGCAUCCUGUGAUAAACUACUGACUUUCAGCUUUUACAUUCUGUUAAUCACAAGGACAGUACUGUAUAUUGUAAAAUAGUGGAAUGAGUUAUUAAAUCCUUAUACUAGAAAUAAUUUCACAGAAAGAUGUCUAGGGGUUUGUUGCCAGAUUCCUGCCUAAAUAAACACCUAAAGAAAA